AUGGAGGUGAUCAAACUGGGUGGGGAUUUACCAAUGAGGAAUCUUGCCGGUAUUGGAGGGGAUGUGGAAGCUUCUUUGGGUGGCCGGCUGACAGGGGUUCUUCAGCUGGAGGCGGCGCGGUGGCAAUUCAGGAGUGGGAAUGGUGGAGGCGGAGGCGUGGCGGUGGCGGAGGUGGGGGAGGUGGGUCUGGAGAAGGGUCUGGUCAUGGUAGUGGAUAUGGAGCUGGAGGCGGAGGAGGUGGCGGUGGCGGUGGUGGUAGGUGGUAGUAAUGGUUACGGCCAAGGAAUGGGAUUUGGUGCAGGGUUUGGGUUAGGCGGAGGAGCAGCGGUGAAGAGGUGGCGGCGGUGGCGGUGGGGGUGGCGGAAAUUCUGUUUGGGGAGGGGAGGCGUAUGGACAUGGAAGUGGGUUUGGGGAGGUGGAGGUAUGGGUGGCGGGGAGGUGGAGGAGGUGGCUUUUGGCGGUGGUAGUGGAGGAGGUGCAAAUGGAGGAAAUGGCUAUGGUAGUGGCUUUGGCGCGUGGUGUAGGUAG